CCAUCAUCUUGCCCGACCAUUUACGCAACCACUACGAACCGCUGCAAAUACAAAACCCCAUUCGAGGUUGGAGAGCCGAUACGGGCUAUAGAAGGUGGUUCAAGGUUCAUUUGGUUUUGAAAGUUGAUUCUUUCACAACCUAACACUCGUUCCAACCUGUUUCACACAUUCGUUUCCCGUUUCCACCUCGCUCGGCAUCUCGGAAAUUACGUCUCUUAGCAUCGCGGGCGCGUAUUUUCCUACGAGAGAAUUCUCCCACGAAGACCACCCUUUCAUCGGUGCUCGCGAAAGGCUUUGCAAUGCAGCUUCAUUCGCUUCAAUCUGUGCAUAAUGCCUCGAAUGGCUUCUCAUGUAGACUCUGAUGUUGGAAAGAAGCAAGAGAAGCAAGAUGUAGAUACCGUCUCGACCGUUGCGUGGAAGGCUCGGAAGCGAUUGGAAAAGUUCGGAGGAACGACGCAAGAAUACGCUACGCAAUGGUACAAGAAGUAUUUCUUGGAAAUAAUAUUGCGACAAAAGCCCUUGGAAUCUUCGAAAGAUGGACGUCACAUUCCAUUACGAGUCGAACACGAGCAGGCCCUCAUUGAUGAGCGACGCGGCCAUCCAUAUAUAUCGAAUACGAUUCGAACCUCGCGAUAUACUCUAAUUGAUUUCAUACCGAAGCAAUUGAUAUUCCAAUUUACUCGCUUGGCCAACUUUUACUUCCUGUGCGUAGGAAUUCCUCAAGCGAUACCAGGAUUAAGUACCACCGGAAGUUAUACCACUAUUUUGCCUUUGAUAUUCUUCGUUCUUCUGACAAUGGUCAAGGAGGGGUAUGAUGAUUAUAAGAGGCAUCGACUAGAUAAUCUUGAAAACGCCAAUGCUGCGAGAGUCCUAAGGCGAAGAUCUUUAGAAUCAAAACCGUCCCUAAGAAGUCGAAGAUGGUUUAUGGGUGGGGACAAGAUUACGGAAACGGACGUCGAGGAGUUAGACGACGAAGCUGACCCGGAGUAUGAGUGGGAAAAAGUUAAAUGGGAGGAUAUCAAAGUUGGUGAUAUUGUCAAAUUGGUCCGCGAUGAGGCUGUGCCCGCGGAUUUGGUUCUUUUAAAUGCAACGGGGGAGAAUGGGUUAGCAUUUAUCGACACCAUGGACCUAGAUGGAGAGACCAGCCUCAAAAGUAGAGAGUCUCUUCCCGAUUUCAAGGAAACUAAUACUAUCGCGGGUCUGCGCAGGUGCCAGGCUGAAUUUGUUCUCGAGGACCCGAAUCCCGAUCUAUACCGAUUUGAUGGGCGUGUUACAGUCCACGGGCGAACGCUUCCCUUGACAUCUAGUGAAGUAAUAUAUCGUGGCAGUACACUCCGGAAUACCGCGUGCGCCAUCGGCCUUGCGAUUAACACAGGAGAGGAGUCCAAGAGUCGAAUGAAUGCGAAUCAACAUCCCGACGCGAAAAAGCCUGCCUUGGAAUUUAUCGCCAACAAGAUUGUUAUCUCCCUCGCACUUUAUGUUAUUAUUUUGACUGUUGGAUGUUCCAUGGGGUAUAUUAUCUGGAGAGGGUCCACCGAACAAUUUUCUUGGUAUAUAUCUAUGGCUACUGUUGAGUUUAAGCAGAUCAUCAUUGGUUAUGCUAUCAUGUUUAACAACGUUAUCCCUCUCGCGCUCUAUAUCACCCUAGAGAUUACGAGAAUCGGACAGAUGCUUCUGUUGAACAACGAUGUGGAAAUGUACCAUGAGGCAACUGAUACACCAGCUCGUUGCAAUACCAAUACCAUCUUAGAGAAUCUUGGUCAAGUCAGCUAUAUCUUCUCUGAUAAGACUGGUACGCUGACGGAAAAUGUUAUGAAAUUCCGUAAGAUGAGUAUUGCGGGGACAUCGUGGUUACACGAAAUGGAUAUUCAGUCCGAAGCCGUGGCGACAACAGCGGAAAUUGAUCUUAACGCCGACGACGCCCUCGUAGCGCCACGAAAGUCCAGAGAGGUUGCUAGCAUCAUCCAUGAGGACAUCGAGCUAUAUCCCCUUUCCUCACCAUCGUCAGUUUUCACUCCUCGAUCUGAGCGAAGGUCGUCAUCACAGUGGAGGUCGCCCGGCCGUCCGGAUCUGCCGCAACCUGACGUCACAACGAAAGAUCUAUUGGAAUAUAUUACGCUUAGGCCGACGUCACGUUUUGCAAAGCAAGCCAAGGAUUACAUCUUAUGCAUGGCCCUUUGUCACACAUGCUUGCCAGAGGUCAAAGAUGGAGUUGUCGAUUUUCAGGCUUCGUCGCCAGAUGAAUUGGCACUUGUCCGCGCUGCCCAUGAACUAGGAUAUUUAGUUGCUCAUCGAUCGUCUCAAAUCGUAACCUUACGGAUUGAUAUUGGGGACGGCGAACAGAAGACAGAGGUGUAUGAUAUCUUGGAUGUCAUCGAGUUUAGCAGCAAGAGAAAGCGCAUGUCGAUUAUCGUCCGCUUUCCUGAUGGGAGAAUAUGUAUUUUUUGCAAGGGUGCUGAUUCAAUGAUCUUGCCCCGACUCAAGUUGGCUGACAUGGCGUUGCAAAAAGCAACGGAGGUUCGUAAAAGCGUUGAAGUCGAACGCGAAUUGCUCCGCAGAAGCGAACAGCUGGAAGUGAGAAAUAGUUUUGGCGGUCGUCCAAGCAUGACUUUACGGCGGAGUAUUGCAUUAAAUCGAAAUAGCCUAGCACCCGCGCAAUCUCCAACCUCCCUCCAAAUUCCGGCGAUAGUAAGGAGCAAAUCUGCGGAAGGGUUCAGGACGCGUCUCUCCGAUGACAGAUCUCGUCCACCGUCUGUUGUGCGAACCACAUCUCUCGAUGUCACGAAGACGCUAUCCACUUUAGGUCCGCCAUCGCCUAGACCAACCCCCGACAAGUUUAGUUUUCUCGAUGAUCCUUCCCUUUACGACGAAUCAACGGUUUUCAGCCGAUGCUUUAAACACCUGGACGAUUUUGCUACUGAAGGCUUACGAACCCUUGUGUUCGCGCGAAAAUUUAUAACAGAGAGCGAGUAUGGAGCAUGGAAGAAGAUAUAUAAUGACGCAACUACAAGCUUGGUGAAUCGACAGGAUAUGAUCGAAGCAGCUGGUGAAUUAAUUGAACAAUCGUUUGAUCUCGUUGGAGCGACAGCAAUUGAGGAUAAGCUCCAAACUGGUGUGCCCGAAACUAUCGACAAACUCCGUCGUGCGAACAUCAAAAUCUGGAUGCUUACAGGCGACAAACGUGAAACAGCUAUCAAUAUUGCUCAUUCAGCGCGGAUAUGCCGCCCUGGUUCUGACAUAUUCAUCCUGGACUCGUCAAAAGGCUCAGUAGAGACACAGAUCACCGAUAUAUCUGAGGACAUCGCAACAGGAUGUGCUCACAGCGUGGUCGUUAUCGAUGGCCAGACUCUCGCUGUUAUCGAACAAUCAGUACAUCUUACAGACCUCUUCUACACCCUAAUCCCUUCGAUUGACUCUGUUAUUUGUUGCCGUGCAUCACCUGCCCAGAAAUCCAUGAUUGUCAAAGCGAUACGGCAACGAGUACCUAAAGCUCUGACCCUUGCCAUUGGUGAUGGUGCAAACGAUCUGGCAAUGAUAUCUGCUUCCCAUGUAGGAGUUGGAAUUUCGGGAAAAGAGGGUUUGCAGGCAGCCCGUGUGGCGGAUUAUGCCAUCGCACAAUUCCGCUUUUUGCAACGCUUGCUUCUCGUUCACGGCCGUUGGAACUACGUUCGGACAGCGAAAUUCAUUUUAACUACAUUCUGGAAGGAAAUGUUCUUCUACCUACCUACGGCUAUGUACCAGCGCUACAACGGAUAUACGGGAACCAGUCUCUACGAAAAUUGGAGUUUGACUGUAUUCAACGCUCUGUUCACAAGUCUUUGUGUGAUAUGCUUGGGUAUAUGGGAACAGGAUCUUAGCGCGGAAACGCUCCUAGCUGUUCCUGAAUUAUACGUACAUGGGCAGAGAAAUAGGGAACUAAACAUAACAAGAUUCGUAUUUUGGAUAGCCGCGGCUGCCACGGAGGGUACUUUGGUUUGGCUUGGUGUAUGGGCUGCGUACAGCGUAUUUGGUCAAGCUCGCGACGAUUCGCUUUUUGCUUUGGGCGACUUGGUAUUCACCGUCGGGGUUAUAUGGAUCAAUUGGAAGAUCUUUAUCCUCGAAACACAUCACAAGACAGCCAUUGUGCUAGGAGCUUUUGGUGUGACCUUUACCGGUUGGUGGGCUUGGAACGCGUUUCUCUCUGGGGUAUAUCCUUUACAAUCAAGUCCUUAUCCAGGCCGAAAAGGGUUCACGGACAAUUUUGGUACGGACCCGCUAUGGUGGGCAAUAGUCUUCGUUAUCGUCCUCGCGCUCAUCUCCAUCGAACUCGUAUACAAGACGAUAAAACGUAACAUGAUUAUCGCGGGUACAUGGAAAUGGCCACCAUGGAAGCGAAGGAGUCUCGAGGACAGUUUAGAAGAGUGGGGUUUGGAGGUCUGGCAGGAAUUGGAACAGGACCCGGUUAUACGCGAGCGACUACGGAGAACAUGUAUGGAGGAGGACGAGCUUGAUGACGGGGAACAGGACAUUAUUGACCCGGAUGAUGUGGCUAAGGUCCUGUGAGGCGGGAGCAUACUGCUGGCGUUUUUUGGAUCGACAUAUCUUAUACGUACAUAUUUAGUUUUGACUUAGGUAGCCUUUCAGCGGUUGAAGCUUUGGAUAGUUGGUUUUUCUUUUCUUGGGACAUCUCAGGGAUUAGACAGAUACCCAAUACGUUAUGGUGGAUUAGCAUAAGCGAUUCAAGGAACUGGAAUAGACGCGGUAGUAUAUAGUUAGAGUAUUAAUAUUUGGAUAACUUCCAACUCCUUUUCCUUUGUCUGCUUACGUGAGUGGUGGAUUAGCUAAUCUAUAGAAAGGGGGCUUGCUUAUUAAUCAGGCCAGCAGGAGAUGCAAGAAACGAGCAAAAAACAGCAAAAUCCAGGAAGAUAUCGGAGGCGAGGGGGAACAGAGAAUAUAAAAAUGAGAUAUUGCGUAGAUAUUAACGGCGAAUAGUGCCCGGGUAUAGAAUUGGGAUAACAUCGCCAUAAGAGCUCAUUGCAUUCCGAAAAUAUCGAGAGCAUGGCUGUGGGCUCUACGAUCAUAGGCGAGGACUGAAUACAAAGAAUAUCGUAUGAAUAUAGUGUUUGUUGGCCCUAUUAAGCUAUGGAUGGCAUGGGUUAAUCUAAUGAUAAGUGAGAGUUUGCCCAGUAA